AUGCAGCAGCAGGCCGGCUAUGCUUGCGAGCCUGGAACCACGGAAACUGCAACUUCGCAGAGCGACCGGCCAGUGCCGAAAUCUCUGCAUCGGUACCGGCUCACUCCAGGCGACUUGCUCACGGGCGCUGCGCAAGCCGCAACAGCCAUCCCCCACGGCAGCGAGGAUACGGCCUCGAAUCUGAUCUGGGACGUGCAGACCACCGAGGAUGCGGCGGCACUGUUGGCGGGCUGUCCACUAGACAUGGUGAUUGCCUGCAGCUUUCAGAGAGCGUAUGCCCCCCACAUGCAAGCGCAGCAGGAGGCCCUUCGAAGACUGGCUGAGGCGCAACCAGCUGGCAUGGCCUUUGCUUCUGUGGACCUUGCCGCCUCCCCGGCUGUUGCCGACUGGGCAGGUGUGCGUGAGCCCGAAGUUCGGCUUCUUCAGCCGGAUGGCUCCACGCUUGCGCGACUGUCUCCGCAGGAGGUGAAGGGUGGUGCUUUGCACAAGCUUGCGCUUGACAAGGCCAAGAGCUUGGCCAAGCUGGCCGAACAGAAGCUCGACUCCUUGUCAGGGCGCUUCCCUAAAGCGCUGCACUCUGAGCUUGACAUCUGCCUUCCCCGGGACAGUCCGGAGAAGAUGCGGCAAAUUGCAUUGGACAUUGUUCAAAAGAUCUACGGCAGCGAAAGUGGGGAAGCCGAGAUGGUGGAGUCCUUGUGCCGGAGCUGCCAACAAGGCUCCGUGCCCCGGCCGCGCCUCAUUGCCGGCCUGGCCAAGAUCAUCCGCGCAGCGACGUCGGAGUCCAGCGUGGCGUUUCUGGACUUGGCCCGGCGCUUGGCGGGGCUGAAGCUCUGUGGGGGUGCAGAGCCAGGGGCCCAGGAGGCUUUGGAGCUGCUUUUGGACUCGAGCCUUUGCAAAGUCGACGCAGUCUCUGGGAGCCCAUGGAGCCCGCGGAGCCCGCCUUGCCUGAUGCUAGCGCUGCAGCUCGUGGCCAACUGUUUCCACCAAACGUCCUUGGCGGAGGCACUGCUUCCUGUGGUUGCACAGCUGGUGCAGGCACCCGUCUGGCCUCUCUUGUGGUCCGAUGUAUCCGUCUCGGAAGUCUCGGAAGUCCCGAAGAGCCUUGACAAGGCACGGGAUGCUGCCGCCACCAUGCUCUUGAAUGCAUCUGUCGUCCUGAGAGAGGCACGGCUACGAGCUCCACAUGCCCCGUUGCUAGAGAAGUCGGUACUUGCACUGAAGCGAUGCCCAAGCGAUCAGCGGCUGAACUGGGCAGUUGCUAACCUGCUGGCAAUGGGCGGGGGUGUGGACGAGGCCAAGUCGGUUCUGCAGGCGCAGCCUAUGACGCCGCUGCGGCUGCUCGCUGCAGCCAUCUUCAACGACCAGCUGAGUGGUCCAGACAGUGUGGCAUUCCCAGCAGCAUGGCAUCCUCCUACGGGCUCCAGUGGUGACGGCAGUGACGGCCCCGGCCCUGCGAAUGACAGAAGGCGGCCUGGCCCCGUACCAGCUCGGUACCGUGGGCGACGUGGCGGCGGCUGA